AUGCCGUCGCGUUUGUUUCAGCGCGACUCGAGCUUCGCUGAGCAGCAGCUUCCCUUUACGGGCGACAAUGUCCAGGAUACCGACUUUGCGCCAGACCAAUCGCAGGCAGAGAUGGGAGCCAACACCCUCCCACGGCGGAUAAGAGCCCAGUCGAUCACCUCUGGUGCCCUCUCUGCCUCGUACACGCGCAAUCCUAUCCGCUCAUUUGCCCACCAGACGUCACAUGGCUUUGCAGAAACCCCUCAGUACUCGUCCCAAGGCGUUCGCGAAAGAAGCUCUCAAUUGGCCUCGUACGCCCUCGACUCGGAAAUUUAUCAGGACCGAACACAGCAAAAUAGUUUUGCAGAUCCAGACACAAAUUCUGCAUUGAUCUCCGACUACGGCGAGCCUCGCCCAUCGUCAGACUCGGGACGCUGGACAGAUACCAUUGCGGAAGACAGCGAGGCCGAGACACCACAGACCGUCAUCGGCCCCCAGCAUGGAGACAAGAGCUUCUUCAGCCCUAGGGAGGCAGAGGAGCAUACACAAUGGGGAGACUCUCGCAAGGGACAGCCGAGUAUGGGCCAGCCUGAAAUAGUGGUCCAAGACAGUGAGCGCACGCCGUUGCUUCCUGCGCCAAGACUGUCGCGUCCAGACUCGCAGUCACAGCACAAGGCAAAGAAGAGGGAUUCGUUUGAACAAACCAGCUUCCCAAAUUUGUCUUCACGGGUCCAGAAGAGCUUUUCAAAUGGCCGUGAGCUCGUGGCCAGACUUGGCCGCUCUCUAGCGAACCCCAAGAAUUACACGGCGGAUGCCUUGGUCUCUGGAGCCCUCAGCAGUCUACAGAUCACAUCAGCCGUCUUCCUUGGCCUGUUGCUCAACCUGCUAGAUGCCCUCUCUUAUGGCUACAUCUUGUUCCCUCUUGGCUCGCCCAUCUUCAGUCAGACAGGUCCAGACGGUAUUUCCAUCUUCUUUGUGAGCUGCAUCGUCUCGCAAUUGUGUUACUCCCUGGGCCUGUCCAUGUUCAAGGGCGGCGUCGGAUCUGAAAUGAUUGAAGUGGUGCCCUUCUUCCAUAAAAUGGCCUAUUCCAUCAUGAAUCAGAUGAAAGGUGAGCCAUCGGAAGCCAUCAUUGCCACAACGAUUGUAUCCUAUUGUCUAAGCUCCAUCUUGACGGGUCUCAUCUUUCUUGCCUUGGGUGGCUUCAAACUUGGCAACCUCGUUAGCUUCUUCCCACGGCAUAUUCUGAUUGGCUGUAUCGGAGGUGUCGGAUUCUUCUUGAUGCUCACUGGCAUCGAAGUCUCGGCCCGCAUCGAAGGCAAUCUCAACUACGACCUAGAGACAUUGCAAAGGCUAUUCUCGGCGGAUACAUGGUAUCUUUGGGUGCUGCCGUUGACACUUGCCAUUGCCAUCAUGGUGCUCCGGCGCACGAUUGACAGCCCUUUUGUUCUGCCUGCAUUCUUCAUAUCCGUAUUUGCCAUCUUCUACAUUCUAGUCAAGGGCAUUUUUCACACGGAUCUCGAGGUUGUUCGCAACGCAGGCUGGAUCUUUGAGAAACCCGAGGCUGGCGUCAAGUUCUAUAGAUUCUACUCGUACUUCAAGUUUGGGAGCAUAAAUGCAUCAGCCCUGGUUAGCACCAUCCCAACAAUGUUCGCCUUGUCCUUCUUUGGCAUUAUUCAUGUUCCUAUCAAUGUCCCUGCAUUAGGCGCUGCUGUCAAGGAGGACAACCUCGAUGUAAACCGAGAAUUGAUCGCCCAUGGCAUCUCCAAUACUCUGUCAGGAUUCUUAGGUAGUAUCCAAAACUACCUCGUCUACGCCAACAGUGUCAUGUUCAUCGAUAACGGCGGGAACAGUCGAACUGCAGGUGUGUUGCUCGCCUGCGCAACUGCAGCUGUAUGGGUAGCAGGCCCGGCGAUGAUUGGAUACAUUCCCAUCUGUUUAGUUGGCGCCCUUAUCUUCUUACUAGGCAUCGAUCUUAUGAAGGAGGCACUGUGGGACACCUUUGGCAAAUGCCACAAGCUAGAGUACUUGACCAUUCUCGCCAUUGUUCUCAUCAUGGGCAUACACGAUUUUGUUGUAGGUAUUUUUGUUGGCAUUGUUCUUGCAUGUGUCAGCUACGUCGUACAGAGCUCUCGUCACCCAGCCAUCCGGGCCACAUAUAGCGGUACCAUUGCUGAAUCGACCGUACGCCGCCCUCCAGCAGAUUCCCGCUAUUUAAGCAAGGUUCGCGGCCAAGUCCGUGUCAUCAAGCUGGGAGGAUUCUUGUUCUUCGGCACCAUCGUCUCGGUAGAGGAAAACAUACGUUCGCUCAUUGACAACGACAACUUUGAGAAGCACCCUGUGAGCUUCAUCAUUGUUGACUUUACGCAUGUCAUGGAUAUGGACUUUUCGAGCUCCGAAGGUUUCCAGCGUAUCAACCGUAUCUUGAACCGUAAGAAUGUCAAGAUGAUCAUUUCCGGUGUCUCUUUCGCCAACCCCGUCGGUCGUGCCCUCCAGAAUGUCGGUCUGUUGGACGAGGAUAACGGCGAUGAAGAAUGCCCCCCACCACAAGUUUUCGAAGAUCUCAAUACUGCCCUUGAGUCCUGUGAAAAUGAGCUACUGGAAGUCUUUCAUAAGCAUUGCGCGAGACAAAGCUCCAGACAACAGUCCACUCCUCCCAUGACCAUCACUGACGCAAAAGGCAUUUCCACCUACGGCCAAACCGCCACGGGGGGCUCUCCAACCUCAUUCGGCGCCAGUUCCUUGAAUCCCCAAUUUUCCUCGCCUCGCCGCGGCGCUCGCCUCCUAGCCGCCCGCUCGACCAUGCGCGAAUCUGGCGACGACACCCUAUCUCUUCCCGACAAUGCCUCGCAAGGCUCCAGCCAGCCCACACCAAACACCCCCUCUCGCUGGCGCAACUUUGCCCAGCCUCUCAAAAUCAUCCUACAAACUUUUGAAGAUGUAUCCACCCGCAAUGAAGAUUUUUGGCACGCCGUAGCGCUCUACUUUGAGCGCAAAGAAUACGCUGCCGGUACGGUUCUCUACUCGCGUGGCGACGACCCAGAUGGGUUUUAUAUUCUUGAAAAGGGACGAUUCAGAGCAGAGUACGAGUUAGACCAGGGUAGCUUCUUUGAAGUCAUUCUGCCCGGAACGACGUGUGGCGAGCUGCCCUUCUUCUCAGAGACGGAUCGCACGGGCACGGUGGCGGUGGAGAAUGAUAGCGUGGCCUGGUUGCUGACGAGGGAGAAGUUCAACGAGUUGGAGCGUAGGGAUGGGGAAGUGGCGAGGGAGCUGCUGAAGGUGGGGUUGAAGUUGACAAAGGAGCGCAUGGAUGCGAUUACUAGUUAUGUGCUUGUUACUGCUUCGUGA